CGCGGAGCCGGAGUGCGGCGGCCACCGCGCCUCCGUCUGCUCUGCUGUGUCUCUUUAAGUACAGCAGGCAGUGCUGUUGGUCCGUUGUGGGAGCGCAGGGCGCACGGUGCGGCGCUGCCUCUCCGCAGCGUCAAACUGGCUUCCUCAACAUCGGACGGGCAGACAGAGCAGAGACAGGUCGACCCCCGCCGCCGCCGCCGCCGCACGCCUCACGUCCACGUUUGGACCUGAGCAGGUGACUUUAAGCGAGUGACACAGAGAGGAGGGAGGGGGGACUGUCUGAUGUAAACUGGUGAGCCUACCGGGGCAUUAACAGUACUCCCUCCUUCUCCCGAAUGAACGCCAGAAGCGAGUAGAGGUUCAUCUGCGGUACAACAGCCUACAGUUAUUGAACGGCAGUGAGAGGGACCGCGCCGCACGAGCUAAUGGGAUUGAUAAACUAGCGUUAGUUGUGUGCGGAUGAAAGCGCAGUGAGAACAGCUUCUUUUUUUGUGUCAGAGCGCGCUGCUGCUGCUGCUGUUCCUGUUCAUGUUUGGCUGAACGAUCGUGGAGAUGAAACAUCAUGCCUGAGCCCGAGAGAUGACCAUCCCGAGUUGCGUCCUAGGAACUGCAACAUCAAACCAUCCGCUCCAGCCUGAUCUUGGCUCAUGUUUGAGAUGGUGAGUCACGCCCUCUCUCUCCCAGAUCGUCUCAGUGAAUAGCCGGCCUCACAAAGACGAAAGGAUCUCAGCUUGGCCGGCAAAUAAAACCCUCUUCCUUCUGCACAGCGUGGGAGAAAGUGCAACAGCAGUGCUGGUGUGGCAUCUCUGUAGGCUGAUAACUGGAGUGAAAGCAGUGUUGAGCGAUCAUCUUUCACUUCAAGGUGCUCACCUUUCAUGCUGUAGCCCCAGAGCCAGAUCUCGGGGCUGGACUGUCAGCGGGAAGCAUCGGCAGAGAGACUCUCACAUGGACACAGAGCUGCACAGGUUUAAAGCAUCUUUCAUGAGACUGAAGAGGCGUACAUGAGGGAAAAGUCAUGCUAUUGUCUGGAUGACCUUCAUACAGGAUUAAGGAUUAUUAUACCUUAACUGACUUUUUCUUCCUUUUUUUUUCUUGGUGCCCAGUGGGGCUGUUUUAGUGGGAGCAAGGAGAGCCAGUGCUGAUUCUUGUGCUUUAUGAGUUUUCAUCACUGGAGGAGCGUGUCUGAGUGGCAGGGGGAGCCAGCAUGGCCAAGGCUCUGCUGAAGAUACAGCGCUACUUCCGCAGGAAACCUGUCCGAUUCUUUUCCCUCAUCCUCCUCUACCUGACCGCCGGGAGUUUCGUCUUCCUGCACUCUGGCUUUGUCGGAGACAGUGGCCCUGGAGGCCGGAGGAGCCGGGACUCUGUAGCAGCUGCAGAGAUGGGCAGCCGGGUUUCAGAUACUCGGGGGCUUGGCAUCAUGAGCAGAGUGUUUAAGGAGACACGCAGGUCUGGCCGGAGGUAUGGCCCUCCGUGGAUGAAGAAGACCGCACAUGGGGGCCACGAGACAGAAGGCAGGGGGGGAGACUACACCAGCAACUGGAACCGCGCACUUAAAGGACGCAAUGCCAAAGACAUGGACGAUGGGAGAGCAAAGUACAUUGGCUGCUACAUUGAUGACACACAGAAAAGAGCGCUGAGAGGAGUUUCCUUUUUUGACUACAAAAAAAUGACUGUAUUCCGUUGCCAGGACAACUGUGCAGAAAGAGGUUACAUGUACGCAGGCCUGGAGUUCGGAGCUGAGUGCUACUGCGGUCACAAGAUCCAGGCGCCCAACGCUUCAGAGAGCGAAUGCAACAUGGAGUGCAAAGGAGAGAAGAGCAACCUAUGCGGAGGAGCCAACAGACUGUCCAUCUAUAGGCUGGAGCUGAGCCAGGAGUCAGCACGCCGCUAUGGCAGCGCCAUUUUCAAGGGGUGUUUCCACCGGCCGGACAAUGUCACACUGGCACUCCCUGUCAGCAUGGUCAUCCAAAACAUGUCUGUAGACAAGUGCGUGGACAUGUGCACAGAGAAGGAGAAAUCACUGGCCGUCCUGGCUGGAGAUCGAUGUCACUGCGGCUUCCCGACACCUCUCUUCUCCCUUCACGAGCUGGAGAACGAGGACAUGUGUCUCCACCGGUGCCACGGGGAAGAGUUUGAGAGCUGCGGGAACGAGGAGUACUUUGUGGUGUACCAGACGCAGGUUCAAGAUAACCGCUGCAUGGACCGACACUUCCUCCCCACUCGUGCUAAGCAGCUGGUGGCCCUCGCCAGUUUCCCUGGAGCUGGCAACACCUGGGCCCGCCACCUCAUAGAGCUCGCCACCGGCUUCUACACCGGCAGCUACUACUUCGAUGGCUCACUUUACAAUAAAGGAUUUAAAGGGGAGCGGGACCACUGGCGGAGCGGGAGGACGAUCUGCAUUAAGACACAUGAGAGUGGCAAGAAGGAGAUCGAAGCCUUUGACUCCAGCAUCCUCAUGAUCCGAAACCCCUACAAAGCUCUCAUGGCGGAAUUUAACAGAAAAUAUGGUGGUCACAUUGGGUUUGCCUCUCAGGCCCACUGGAGAGGGAAAGAGUGGCCCGAGUUUGUGAAGAACUAUGCCCCUUGGUGGGCGUCCCACACGUUGGACUGGUUGAAUUACGGGAAGAACGUCCAUGUGGUCCACUUUGAGGACCUGAAGAGGGACCUGUUUUCGCAGCUCAAGGGGAUGGUCCAGUUCCUGGGCUUGAAGGUUUCGGAGGACCGCCUUCUCUGCGUCGAGGGCCAGAAGGAUGGAAAUUUCAAACGAUCAGGCCUGCGAAAACUCGAGUACGACCCGUACACAAGUGAAAUGCGAGCAAACAUCAACGAACUGAUCAGAACAGUAGACACCACCUUGAAGAAAAGGAACAUGUCUGGGGUUCCAGAGGAAUAUAUGCCAAGAUGAUACAUGUGAUUCCCUUGCCCCCCCCCCCCCUUUUCCUUGACUGUUCUGUCAACAGGUUCUGCACCAUGUUUUGUAGGAUUACAUGACUUAAGUAGUUUUUUCAAUUAUUAUUUCUGUGAAGUCAUAUAGGUGUAGUGAGAAAAAAAGCAGUGUCUUUUUGAUUUUUUAUUCAUCUUUUUUCAUUUUCUGUCUGAACUCCAGCAGCUUCAUGCAUUCAUAGAAAAGACAGCUUCAGCAGGGGAGGGUUGUUUUUUCUCUUUGGCUUAACGAAAAGAACGAAAAGCACUUCUUAUCCUGCUCUAUGCACAUGUGCUGUGUAGGCAUGUGCACAUGCCUUAACACAAAGAAGGUACAAUAGCUGUGACUACAGAGAUCUGACUGUGCUGGGUGAUUUGUUGCCAGUGAAAAACAUUUGACCCAAGAGAAAUAAUACAGCACUGCAAAGUCUGUUGUAUGAGCUUAUUUUGCGUAAAAGAAAAAACUGUUAUGAGAAAUCAAAACAUUAAAUUUUCCGCUGCUAUCACAGUUACAGAAUAAUACUAUUUUAUACAUGAACUUCACUGAAAACUUUAAAACUUUUAGCCCUUUGUUAGAGGGAAAAAUGCAAUAUACAGGCUUUAACUACCUGAUGAUGAUACUGUGUGUUUUUGUAAGUUAAUCAACUUACUGUUUGUAAGAGAAAUCAUGUUUUUGAUGAUGAAGAGGUAAAGAACUUAAUUCUCAGCUCCUCGUAUUCAAGACGACGAAUAAUCCCUCUUGAAGGCACUGAUUCAAGGAGAGAAGAGGAUUUUUUUCUCUGCAGCAUUUAUUUAUCUCUGGUGUGCGAUGCACAUGCUGACUAAUUUGGUCAUGAAGACGUUUUCUUAACACUGGACUUGAUGCAGAAAUCCAAAAAGCACUUUGCUGUGCAACACUUGCCCCAAAGAUCACUGAGGGAUUAGGCAUUACAAUCAUGUAAUAGAUUGGAGGUUACCUUUAGCAGUAGUGAUCAUUAUAAGUUUAUUUUUUAGUUUAUCAUACUGAAUGUGAAAACUGUUUUUUAUUGCUUUGUUGUGAGAAGAGCAGUUAAAGCUGGUUAUAAUUUUACUCUUGAUAAUUUAAAAAAAUCUACACAAAAGUGUGAAAAAUUCUGCUCAGAUUUUAUAAGCAGCACGUCUUAUAACGGUACUCAAUGUGCUAUGCCAUAUGCUUAAAAAUAAACAAAUAAACAAAUACAUGAAUAUACACACACACACAUAUAUUUAUAUAUAUAUAAACACUGGUGACUGAGACAGAAAACAUUAACUGACUUCCAUUUUCAGUAAUUAUAUAAAUAUAUUUUUAUAGUGCUGACACAUCAAAAAUAUUUCUAAUGCAACAAGCAAAUGGGAGAAAUUGUUUCUAUUUUUAACACAUGCUUUAAACUUUAUUGGCUCUCGCUUUCAUUGACAAGCAGGCACUUUCUGAACAUAAGUGUCACAUUUGAAUGUAUUUUCUAUGGAAUGAAUGUAACGUGAUAAGGCCCAAUAAAUGAGUACAUUAAAUAA